GUUAGUCGCCACCCAGAGCUCCACCAGCGAACGCAAGCUCUUCUCUGAUUUCUACGGCAGUCGUUGUCGUCGUCGCGCGAUCGCAGAAAAAAGACUCCCAACGGGCCACAAAGAUAAAGAUAAAGCAGAAAGCAGCAAACAGCAAGCAAUGCAAAAACAAAGUUAGAUAAAGAUAAAGUUUCCAAUGCAAAUGGAGCGUGAAAAUCAAUUGAAAUGAGAAUGCAGUUGAGAAAUAGAAAUAUACAAGUAUAGAAAAACGAGCAGAAUGCCAAAGUGUAUGGAGGCAUAAAGCGUGAAAAUACGAGAAUCCAAAUCAUAAAUUGAAAAGGCGAAAAGCAAAACGCCACAAGGCAAAAGCAAACCCAGUGACAAAAAUAUCAUUCGUUGUGCAAACUCUCGUGAGACGUGAGGCGAUAACUCCGACUGAAUGACUAUGACUUCAACGGUGCUCCAGCGGCCUCCAGCAGCAGCAACAACACACCAGCAACAGUCGACAGCUGCCGCAAAGGUAUCGAAGCCACCGAAACCCUCCUCCGCCAGCCGCUCCACGAUGGCCUGGUCGAAUGAGUCGAAAUUGCGCUUCUCAUGCAUCGACAACAUCGGCCUGAAGCAGCUGUGGAAAUUAAUUGCCUUGGACACGGGCGCCAGCUCCAAGCAGCACAAUGCACACAUCGUGUUGGAUGUGGAGCAGCAGCAGCAGCAGAAGCAAUCGAAAUCUGUUGGUCGCAACAACAAUAACAACCAUGAGCGGAUUCCCUACGAGAACUGCGACAACUUGGCCGACUAUUUGAGUCUACAAAGAGCGGCUCAGGUCCAGGUCCAGGCACAGACCAAGACACAGACACAGGCUCCCGCUCAGCAGACCCCACAGAUGUCACUGCUCAAGUUCUUGGCCAUUAAUGCCCUGGAACUGAGCGCCCCCGCCACUCCGCAUCUCCUCCAGCAGCAGCAGACCAAGCCCCAGGGCUGGAUGCAGUUGUCCGGCCAUCCAGAGAGCAUUGUGCCCACGUCGACGGGAAUUGUGCGGAAGCGCAUCGUGGGCAUCGAUGACAGCGAGGUGCAUGCCUACCGCAUGAUCUGCCAGGAGCCACAGACGGCGCAGAUUGUGCCCGCGUACUUCGGUAUGCGGGAGAUGCAGUCGCAGCACUACAUCGAGCUACAGGACCUGUUGGCCGGCUUCAAGGAUCCCUGCGUGAUGGACAUCAAGAUGGGCUGCCGCACCUUCCUCGAGUCGGAGGUGAGCAAUGCCACGCUCCGGCCGGACUUGUACCAGAAAAUGCUUGCCGUGGAUGCCAGCGCACCGACGGCGGCGGAGCACGAGGCGCGAGCCAUCACCAAGUUGCGCUAUAUGCUGUUCCGCGAGUCGCUCUCCUCCUCGCACACCAAGGGCUUCCGCAUCGAAGCCCUCCGCUUGCGCGGUCGUCCUCCCGUCAAGGAUUUGAAAACCUGCCGCAGCAGCGAACAGAUCUCGCAGACCAUCGAGCAGUUCCUAGCCGCCCGUAAGUCCGUGCAGAAGGAACUGCUGAAGCGCCUGAAGCACAUGCGCCUGGUCGUCGAGCAGUCCGCCUUCUUCAAUCGCCACGAGAUCGUCGGCUCCAGCAUAUUCAUUGUGUACGACGAUGAGCGGGUCGGAGCGUGGCUGAUUGACUUCGCCAAGUGCCGCCAGCUGCCGGCGCAUAUGAGUGUGAACCAUCGCAGCGCCUGGACGUCCGGGAACCGCGAGGAGGGCCUGCUGAAGGGCAUGGACGAGCUGAUCCACGCCUUCGAGGAGGUCUACGCCCGCAAUGGCGGCCACCGCAGCUGCCUCAAGAUCUAAAGCAAGAUGGCGUCGGCGACUGCAGCUGGAUCUGCACCACACCAGAUGUCUGGCCCAUAAGACUGAUCACCCAUGCUCCAUUUGUACAGAAGAGAAGAGGAUUCAUUGCAUCGACCGAACUGCGUCGCACUUUUUUUUUACUAUUUUCCAUAUUGGAAACACUCUCGCGCCAGUUCCGAAGCACCGUUAGAACGGCGUGAUGGCGUAGUGGAAGCUGGAACUGGGGGAGAGGAAAACGAUUAGUAUUUGAUCACCAAGCAGCAUUUGUUUUGUUUGAAUGAAACAGGUUUAAACUAAGUAUUUGUUGAAAACAAUAUACAUCUGAACGCAAGAAUAAAUAACUUAAGAACAUAAA